AUGGGCGAGGACGUUCAGUCUGAGCGUCUGAAACCGGCGGGUUCGCCUCUCAGACUGAACGCGGAGCCAGCGGAGAGGCUGAGUCAGCUGGAAGGCAGCGCGCCCGGCCACAACGAUCCCUUUUUCCUGUCGUCCAGCACAUCGUCUGCGCGCGUGUCACUCCUCGGUAAUGAGCGCAUCGUGACCCUCUAUAGACCCGAAGGGGGCGCCGUGGAGUCACCACCUCGCCAUACAUCAACAAAGUCCGGGUUGCAGGACAUGGCAGCAGCUGAAAGAGUUGGCCUCUUUUUUUUAACCUUUCUCUGUUACACUUUGAUACUGCUUGUGAAUGUGGUUCUUAUUGUUACUGUCAUAUUGGAAGAAAAACUCCACAAACCCAUGUACAUUUUUCUAUGUAACCUGUGCAUUAAUAGCUUGUAUGGGACUGCUGCCUUUUACCCCAAAUUCCUCUUUGAUUUACUGUCUGACAGUCAUGUAAUAUCUUACCGUGGCUGCCUAAUGCAGGUUUUCGUCGUGUACUCGUACGCAGCCACUGAAUUCUCUACUCUCACCAUGAUGGCUUAUGACCGGUACGUGGCCAUAUGCCGCCCGCUGGAGUAUCACUCUGUCAUGACAAAGCAGAGAGUUGCUCUGUUGGUGAGUUUCUCCAGACUUGUGCCUUUACUCUGUCAGGGUGUGGUGAUGAUCAUGACCUCCACUCUGACACUGUGUGGCUCCAGCAUACAGAAACUUUUCUGUGACAAUUGGUCAAUCCUAAAACUUUCCUGUUACCCAGCAACUGCUAACAGCGCUGUUGGUUUUAUAGUAAUAUUGUUUUAUUUUUGCCACGAUCUCUUCAUUCUGUGUUCUUAUGUGUGGUUGGUAAAGUUUGCCUUGAAAUCUAGCGAGGGCAGGAAGAAGUUUGCGCAGACCUGUGUGCCUCAUUUAUUAUGUUUGCUUAACGUUACGGUGUCUCUCCUGUUUGAUCUCAUGUACGCGAGAUAUGGAUCGGACUCUGUGCGGCAGGGCGUGAAAAACUUCAUGGCUGUACAGUUUCUGAUGAUUCCACCUAUUCUCAAUCCUGUUAUAUACGGUCUUAAGCUCACUCAGGUUCGAAACAGUGUUUUAAGUUUGUGUGGAUACAGUAAACGGCCUUUUUACUUGAACUUCACCAUGUUUGUGAACAUUGGACCUUAUCGCUUUGUUGCCUUCGCUUUUUGCGCGUUGCUGUACAGUUUUAUUAUCUCUGCUAAUCUCCUCAUGAUACUGGUUAUAUCACAAUACAAAACACUGCAUACUCCAAUGUAUACUUUUAUUGCUUUGUUAUCUGUCAACUCUCUCUAUGGCUCUUUUGGUUUCUUUCCCAGAUUUCUCAUGGACCUGCUCUCUGAUACUCAUUUGAUCUCACUUCCGGCCUGCUUGACUCAGAUUUAUGUCAUUUACACAUAUGCUUCCAAUGAACUGACAAUUCUCAGCAUCAUGGCUCAUGAUCGAUAUAUUGCUGUUUGCUAUCCCCUGCACUACCACAGGAAGAUGACAUCAAAAACUGUGAUUGUGUUGUCGGCAUUGGCUUGGAUUUUCCCAGCCCUUUCCCUUCUAACAUUAGUCUCCCUCUCUGCCCAGCUUCCUUUAUGCGACAACAAGAUACAAAAAGUGUUCUGUGCCAACUGGAAUGUGUUUAAACUGGCCUGCAUUAACACUGCGCUGAACAAUAUUUUGGGGAUGCUCUUGACUAUAGUUACAGUUUUCCUUCCUUUCUUUUACGUCCUUUACACCUAUUUGCAAAUUGUACUGGUGUGCUGGAGAAAAUCUGCAGAGUUCCGCAGUAAUGUGCUGCAGAGCUGUGUCCCACACAUUGUCUCCUUUGUUACUUAUUCCAUUACAGGGUUUUGUGACAUUGCUUUGAGUCGCUAUAAUCUGGAGGAGAUAAACCCAUUUGUGGCUGUAAUUCUAUCUCUGGAGUUUGUUCUCAUUCCUCCAGUUCUGAAUCCUCUUGUGUACGGCUUCAAUAAGCUGCCCAGCAUGGCUCCGGCGGCAACCCAACCGGCCGACCUGGAGCUCAUCCCUCUGGGAAGUCUGAAAGAGGCCACAAAGGCGCCAACGGCCGCUCCCAGCGCCGCUCCGCCGGCUCUCAGCCACGAUGCCGUCCAAUCGUUGAGAGGCCUGAACGUGUCCGACCCUGGCCGAGUUGUCAAAAACAUGAUACCUGUUGCCACAUUUGUCCACCAGCCAGCGGAGGGCUGGCCAUCUCUCAACGUGUUCUUCGAUGGUGGUGAGCCCGAGCUUGUCUCCCCAGGUGAACAGCACCACAGCUCGAGUCCACGCCCAGAAUCCGAGAGAGCUCAGGAGCUCCUCCAGGUUCCUCCUGUCUGUGUCGGUGAAGGUCUCGUCGCACCGCACCGCCACCAGGACGGCGUGAGGACAGGGGGCGCACAGAGAUGCACCCUGGGUAAUCUGCACCCGUACUUCCUGUGGAGUGUCUUCAGAGCAGUAUCUGCCGUGCCAGCCGGGGGUGUCCACCACGGAGACGCGCCUCCUGCCCAAAGCGCCGGGUCUUUCGGUGGACCGUGUUGUAGGACAUCCGGAAGGAAAGGCCUCCUCACCGAGAAUGAUGUUUCCCGCUGA